AUGCGCAACAGAAACAUUGGAAUUCCAGCAGCAUCAUCAUCAAUUGAUCUUGAUCAAAGUUUCUAUUUCAAGUUUAAUAGUGGUCCAACAACAACAUUCCAAAGACUUAACCAACUUAUCGUUUUUACAAAUAAUAAUUAUCCACUUUUAUUCGUAGUUUUGAAUAUUAGUAAUAAUAUUCAUAGCUAUCUAUUAAUUAAAAGAUCUAUAAUUAAAGAGUUUGUUUUAGUCGAGAAGGAUUAA